CCGUCUUUGGGACCAUCUUUGGGACCAUCGAAUUUCCCAAUAUCCUUAGGGUCUUCUGAACUAUCGGAUUCUCCACGUUUAAAUUUCUCAUGGUCAUGUUUUUUUGGCUUCUUGAGAGAUUUACCAUGAGGAGGUGGGGGAAUUUUUGGUUUAUUCUUAUGGUUAUGUUCCUCUCUUUUACUAAUAAUAUCGUUUUCAGUUUUAUCAAUUGGUGUAGUAAACGAACUAGUAGCGAGAAAGGCUAAAGUUAUAGCCAAAAUUAAAGAGAAAGAGAACUUCAUUUUUACUAGACGAGAUUUUUACUAGAAAAAUAUUUUACAAAAAGAUACAAUAUAUAUAUAAAAGUUGUUGUAAUAUAUAAAACAAAACUUUUUUUUUUUAUC